UAAUAAUAAUAAUAAUAAUAUAUAACCAUAGGAGAUUAUUUUUGUUCCGCUACAGCAUUCGUUUGUAUUACUUAGCAGAACAUGGCUAACAGGCAACUGCGAAGUGAAGUUUUGAAACGCGCCCUGAAGGCAUGCAUCGUCCAACCGGUAAUAAGAAAAUAUCAGGUAGUAGCCGUUCGUGCGAUGUGGGGAAGUGAUGUUGAUGCCCGCGAGGUCAUUUGGGGCAAGAGAAUGCAGAUGGAGAACAUAUUGCUUAGCAACGAACAAGUAUCCUGUUUUUUUUCUUGUAUUACCUAUAUGGCCAGACCUCGUAAGAGAAAGUCGAUGAGGAAUGAAGGGGAGGAAGAAGAAGGAGCCGACUCUAGCAGUGAAGGUGAUAACAGAAACGGCGCAAAUGCGCCUGAAACAUUUCCUGGCAUUUCUUUCUGGAUCGCGUGCGACUUGCCAAACUGUACCUUAAGUCAAUUUGAAACAAAUUUGUCGAAGUCUUUUAUGCAAGCCGGGUUGAAUUUAACAACGUGCAAUGCUAUACAGACAAGAGGUAAAUACUUGAACCUUUUAGUACUUGAAAUACUGUCAAUGUUUUUCGAAUAUUUUACGCCACAUUUGAUAUUUGUAGGCAAAACCAGUGCAUUGCAAGCAUUCUCAGGAUCGUUAUACCAAGUCUUGAAAGACCACAAUAGGGAAGAAGCAAAACGGAUAGUUGAGAUAUCCCAUCGCACAAUGAUUAGGAGUGCAGCUAGAGAUGAAGGUGUUCAACUUGACCACGUUGCUGUAAUGGAAAGCGAACAGUACUCGAUGAAACCCUGUCAGUUAAUUCUAACAAAAAAUAUUGAUAAAGAGGUAUAUCAAGAUGUAAUUCGUGGUUUAUCCGAAAUCAGAUUUACAUCGCUUGAUUUAAAAGUAAUUGAUAAAUCGGAAGGCACAGAAGUAACUAUUCCCGUUAAGCCAACUAACAAACUUUGUCAAUCCGUGGAUAUAGUUCGAAGGAUGAUGGAGAGGAAUAGCUUUGGACUGUGCAAUGGAGGUGUAUACAAAAAAAUAGGAGAAAGCAGAUAUACAUACGUUUACUGUUGUUCGGUGAAAAGCUAUCUCUAUCGCUCGUUGAAAAACAAAGCAAUCGCCAACGAAAUUACGCCAAAUUUACGAGAGUUGGUAUUUUUGCUGUCGGACGGCGAGUGUCAAAUAAUUGAUCAAAUAACUCUGGAUUACAAUUACAUUGAAUGCUUGCCAAAUGGAGUUUGUUAUAACAUCGCCAAAAAAUGUUUCGAUGUCAAGCCAAAUUUAAAGGGAUCUCCCCGAGCAUUCGUACGGUACUUUCAUCGUGAGGGAAAAAAUCCCGAACCAAAGCCAUUUAUAGAAGGUGUCGAAAAUAGUUUCCCAGAUAGAAAUGUGCGGUUGCGUUUUUAUCAAAAAUGGUACCAAAUUUUGCUCGCCGGUCAGUAUCCCAUGAAAGAAAAGAAAUUGUUGCUGGUAGGUCCUCCUGAUAGUGGAAAGACUAGUUGGUUUGCUCCAUUUCAAGGUAAUUAAAUAAAGUUCGUGAAAACUUCUGACUUUUAGACGGCACUUACUGACAUACAUUUGUCCUUUUAGGCAUUAUUCCAGAAAUGUACAUUGCUGGCGUGGUUCGGGAUGGUCGAUUCUCAGGCCACCUGAUAAAUAGAAAUACACAAGUCGUAUUUAUGGAUGAAUGGACUAGCGACAGUCUAUGUUGUGAAGAUGCAAAAAGAAUAUUGCAAGGUAAGUCGAUGUCGAUGCAGUACAUGAACAUUUACUUUGAAUAAAAUGUGGCAAUGUGCAGAUGGGAUACCACUUUCUCUUAUAGGCGGCUUGGUUAUGAUCCCGCAAAAACACAAAGAACCGGCCCGUUUUCAAUACAAUUCGGGUUUUUUUAUAACAACUAAUAUAAUGCCGGACUUCGGAAAUGGUGUAGAUGGUGAGGCUAUCCUGCGUCGUCUUGAAGUUUUCGAAACUAAGACACUUCGAGUGAAGGACAAUAGCAUAACAAGUAAGUAUCUCAUGAGAAUAAAUGAUAACAAUGGUGUAAAUCAAUAUGCAUAAAAAUAAGUAAUGACUUUUUUCCCGUAGAGUGGAUGAGAAUGCACUGCAUGGAAAUAUUUGUGUACGUUGCCAGCCAGUUGAAAGACAUCUCGCUUUUCACCAGCGAAACCAAUGUUGCGAAGAAAAAUCAAGUAGGCGCUGUGUACAACGACGUUGAUUGCGAUCCG